CCCCUCGCCUUAUUGCCUUCCCCGCUUUUCUGGACGCUGCCUCAGCAUUCCAUCUCCUUCCGGGUUUCCUAACGCCGUCCCAACCCUAUCCCCGCCGACGCACUACACCAACGGAUUCCCUUCUCCCGCCGACCUCUUUUGCACUAAUCUCUCUUCACACGCCGGAUACGCUCGCCAAAAGCACCCUUUACUCCCCGGUACUCAUAACUCAAGAGUUGCCCCGCGCAAAACCGGGUGGCGCAAUCUCUGGGCUUUGUCGAAAAAAGUACAUCUGAACCUAAAACCACCAUCACGCGACACUUGCCUAGCACCUUGCUCAACUGUCUGUUUAGUAUAGUGGCGCGCCUGCCUCUCCGGGACGCCCGCCCUUACCCGCCAUCCUUCAAAUACCUCUCAACCUUCGCCUAGCCUCGCUGGCCUCACACUUCACCAUGCUUCCGCCACUCCCUCGACUGAGCGACUACGACAUCUCGCCGCAGAAUGGCUUCCUGCCAGCCGAGAUCCCGCUCGAAAUACUGCCCGAUCCGUACUAUCAGCCAUGGGAGACCAUCGCCCGGAACUUUCAGAGCCUGAUCCUCAGUAAGAGGCUACGGCGCAUAGUGGACGCGCUGCCAGUCCUCUCGACGGAUCUACUCCUCACCGAGGCAGAAUGGCGGAGAGCAUACUCAAUUCUAGGCUUCAUUGCUCAUGCGUACGUCUGGGGUGGAGACCGGCCGGCCGAUAUCGUCCCACCACCCGUCUCUAUCCCGUUCCUGCAGACGUGCAGGCACCUCGAGCUCCCGUCCGUAGCCACAUACGCCGGAGUUUGCCUGUGGAAUUGGCGGCCCAUGUUUACCGGGGAGCCAAUCGACUCGCUCGAUAACCUCUCGACACACAUGACCUUCACUGGGUCGUUAGACGAGUCGUGGUUCUACCUCAUAUCUGUCGCAAUUGAAGCAAGAGCGGGACCUAUAGUGCCAAUGAUGAUUGAGGCAAUCGCGGCAGCGAGACGAGGUGAUAGCAGUACGGUCGUCCAAUGCCUGCGAUCUUUCGCGGAGAGGCUGGACGAGCUGGGUGGACUCCUUGAGAGGAUGUACGAAAGCUGCGACCCGCACGUUUUCUACCACCGCAUCCGGCCGUUCCUAGCAGGCGGCAAGAACAUGGCAGAUGCGGGCCUUCCCAAUGGUGUCAUGUUUGACGAUGGCACCGGCACGCAACCUUAUGUACAGUUCAGCGGAGGCAGUAAUGCGCAGAGCUCCAUCAUCCAGUUCUUUGAUAUUAUCCUGGGCAUUGAGCACCGGCCCACCGGGGAGGGGCGAAGCGACCACUCUGACUCUGAGGGCGGUCCAGCUCCCUCGCCAAUGCACAACUUCAUCCUGGAAAUGCGCAGAUACAUGCCGGGCGCUCAUCGGCGAUUCCUGGAGCACGUCGAGAGUGUGGCCAACAUUCGAGAGUAUGUCGCCGCCCGUCGGAACGACCGCGCUCUGGUCACCGCAUUCGAUGCUUGCUUGGCCAUGCUCCGAGCUUUCCGCGACAAGCACAUCCAGAUGGUGUCGCGCUACAUCAUAGUUAAGUCCCGCGAAUCUCGCUCGCACUCGCGGUCUCUGUCUCCCAAGCAAGCAUCAGCACACCGCGUCAACAUCGCCAAUAGUCUUCAGAGAGGGAACAGCAAGAAGCUGCGGGGCACAGGCGGCACUGCCCUUAUUCCAUUUCUGAAGCAGGCAAGAGACGAGACCGGCGAGCCAGCGAUCGAUGCUUGGGCUCGGCGACUGCUGAACAACGGCCCAGCAGCCAUUAGCUUUGGUGAUGGCGUUGCAAGGCUGGGAAAGAUGAGCGAGUCUUUGGAUGGCGAGGUCGAGAUCGUCGGCCUUGCCGGCACUUGGAGUGUUGAUGAUAGCGAGGGUGGUAUCUGUCACUGGUAGACAGCAGACUGACCACUUGACGAUAUUCGGCUAAGAAGGAGUCGGCGAUACGAUAUCCCCUUGACAGCAUCAUGCAUUCAUAUUCCAUGCAAAGAGCAAAAAUCUUCGCUCAAUUUUCUACUAAAGAUGUGCAUAUACCCUCGAGCCUGUUGCCUACGAAGAGACAUUUGGCGA